AUGGAGACGCACGUAUCGACUACGCCAUAUAUAGAAACGAAUCAAAGCAAAAUUGAAUUGGAGAAAGAAUUUAUAUACGCAUGGAAGUCAUACCCGGCUCUGUGGGACCCUAGAAAUCAAUACUACACUAAUAAAUAUAAGAGAUUGGAAUAUCUGAAGAAGCUUCUGGAAGUAUACAAGAAAAUCAAACCGGGCGCAACGACGGAUGACGUGCGGAAGAAGAUUAACAUAUUUAGAAGCAAUUAUAAAAGAGAAUUGAAUAAAAUAGAAGAAUCUAGAAAACGCGGCUGUAGCGACGUGGUGUACUCGCCGAGGGUGUGGUUUUUUCCAUUAUUGAAUUUCUUGAUAGAAACCAAACACUCCAUGAAAUUGCCACAAAACUCAUUCGAUUCUGAAGAAGAAGUGCGUGCAUCGAGAGAGUUUGAAGAUUUCAACGGUACGACAGAAGAAACUAAGACGAACAUAACAAAUGUAAACGAAAAAAGUAAAAUAAAAGAAGAAAUAUUCGAAGGACACGUCUGCGAGAGCUACGAAAGCAUUUCAAAAAGAAGAAGAUGUGAAAAUCAAGACGUACAAAGCAGUACUUCAGAUGCUUGGCCGAUGCACGUAUAUAAAUACAAUCCCCUAGCCGUAAUCUGGUCUGAGAAAUUAGAGAGAUUGUGUCCUAUACAGAAAUUAUACGCCGAGAAAGCCAUAAACGACAUCUUGUUCGAAGCCGAACUUGGCAAUCUUAACAAGUACUCGGUUCUUAUAAAUCCACCGACAUGUUCUAAACCGCUGACGUAA